AUGCUUCAGAUUUUAUGGGGUGAACAGGAGAAUGCAGAGCACCCGAAACGAAGCAGCACGCGCCAGGCACCGAACACCGAUGGAGGCAUUAGUCAUGUUGUGCAGCAGCUUGAACAGAUGAUCGUCUCAGAUGAGUGGACAAACAAAGAAGCAAAAGAUCACACUGGCAUUCAGCUUCUCGAAUCUGCCAGAAAAAAAAGUACAAGCGUAACGCCGCGAUUGUCCGAAUUAGGUCGCACAUUGGUUACCAGCUCGUCCCUCAAAGCCUACAUUGAUUUGCUUGGCACUCAUCAUCGCCAGUGCAUUGCUGCUUGGCUUUAUGGCAGCGCAUCCCAGACCAUCAGUACACUGUUCCGGACUUCAAACAAUAAUUUGUACUGUUCUGACUACGAUUCCAAUUAUUCGAAUUCGAUCAAAGCUGGAAUCGGUUCAUUUUUAAUUUUCAAAAUCAUCUAUGUGUCUUCUUUUGAAAUUUUUUUGAUACACUACAAAUAA